UUUCUGAAAAACUGUGAAAGCCAUAUUAACAUUUUUUUUUUACUGUUGUUAAGGAUUUUAAAGACGAUAAAGCGUUAUUGUUUUCUGUUCAUAAUAUCAUAUUCUGCAUUCAUUUGGACUGAAAGAGAGAAAGUGAUACUUCACACUGGAAAUGGGACACAAAGGAUUCACGGUAAAUGCCUCUAUCCAUUUGUCGAUUUUAUUCAUAUUGACUUUUCAUAGCAGCCUUGGAGACAUGAGCUAUUCUAUCCCGGAGGAGAUGAGACGUGGUUCUGUCAUUGGGAAUAUAGCUAAGGACCUUGGGCUCGAUGUCAAAAGACUAUCCGAUCGAAAAGCCCGUUUAGAUGCCGACAGGACCAGCAGAGGCUUUUGUGACAUAAAUCUGAGCACCGGUGAUUUGAUUGUAGCAGAGAGAAUAGACAGAGAGGAGCUUUGUGGAUCGAGCGUCUCGUGUACUUUAAAAUACGAGCUGAUACUUGAAAUUCCGCUAGAACUGCAUCGUAUAGUAAUACAAAUUGAGGACAUAAACGACAAUUCACCACAAUUUACAAAUGAUCGUACCGAACUAGAGAUAACAGAAUCGGUUUUAAAAGGCGCCCGUUUUCUCUUGGAUGAGGCGCAUGACUCAGAUAUCGGGAAAAAUGCAGUUGAAACGUAUACUUUGCAGAAUAAUGAUAAUUUUGUGUUGAUUGUUAGUACAAACGCAGACGGUGGGAAAUACGCUGAGUUGGUAUUAGAAAAAGAGCUGGAUCGUGAACAACAGCAAGAGAUUACACUAUUACUGACCGCCAGUGACGGUGGGACUCCGCAGAGAUCAGGUACAGCAGUAAUACACGUCACUGUGCUGGAUGCUAACGAUAAUAUACCCGUGUUUAGCCAAGCUGUGUAUAAAGUCAGUCUGCCUGAAAAUUCACCAUUAGAUUUUUUAGUGGUCACAGUUAGUGCUACGGAUGCAGACGAGGGAUCGAACGGAGAAGUGACGUAUGAUUUCGGCCGUGUUUCGGAUAAAGUAAAAAAUGUUUUUUCACUUGAGCAAAAGACAGGAGAAAUAAGAGUGAAAGGGCAGAUUGACUUUGAGGAGGAGUCAGUCUAUGAAAUGAGAAUACAAGCUAAAGAUGGCUUAGGUUUGGUUUCCUACACUAAAGUAAUAAUAGAAAUCACUGAUGUGAACGAUAAUAAACCAGAGAUA